CUGGAGCUACGAUCAUCACUUCUCAGUUUGUAUGAGGCAGGUUUCUGUCUCAACACGUUUUCCUCGUCUGUUCACGUCGGCAUCAAGUUCUACGGUGUGAAGAAGACUCAUAAAUAGCAUUUCCUGAGCUGAAGGUUGAACUUUGAUCAGCUGAAACCACCCAGUUGUGGACUGAACAGCGCAGAGAAAUGAAGGAGCAUGUGAUGAAAAUCCUGAUUGUCGGCAACGCAAAAGUAGGGAAGACGUCUUUUGUACAUCGAUACAUCAGCGGACAGUUCAGCUCGGCUUACAAGACGACAGUGGGAGCAGAAUUCAGAGUGAAGGUGCUGCAGUGGUCAGACAAAGAGACAGUCAGACUGCAUAUCUGGGACAUCGCAGGCCAGGAGCGUUUCACUUCCAUGACCAGGGUCUACUACAAAGCGGCGCUGGGCUGUGUGCUGAUGUUUGACGUCACCGACUCGUCCAGCUUCCUCAGGUGUCACCAGUGGAAACAGGACCUGGACACCAAGGCCACGCUGCCCGGCGGCGCUCCCAUCCCCUGCAUCCUGCUGGCCAACAAGUGUGACCUUCCUGAGCGGGUGGUGACAGCAGACAGCAUCGCCGAGUUCAGCAAGAACAACGGCUUCUUCACCUGGAUGGAGACCUCAGUCAGAGACAACAGGAACGUUGAUGAAGCCAUGAGGAGGUUGGUGCAGGAGAUCCUGUCGGUUCAGCCCAGUGAGGACCAGCUGCUGUCCAGCCAGGAAGACAGCGUCGACCUUCAGUCUCACGACGCCACAAAGCGACAGAGCUGCUGCUGACGACUUCCUGCGAUGACUCCGGUUCAGUCGUGACAGCAGCUCUCCGACUCAUCGGGCACAUCGCGCCUCCAUCUGUGUCGUUCUUCAUCCAGCAUCAGAAGACUGGUGAAGCUCGUCAGAGCACUAAUCUGAAGCACGCUUCAUAAAUUCACACUGUUCUGCUGAACACUCACGUCACACACUAGAAUCUUCUUCUAGAAAAUGUCAGAGAUAAUGAAUCAAAGAAGCAAUCAGAGUUUGAUUGCCUGAAAGCUGAAUGAUCUCAGGUGAAAAGGCCGAACCUUCAUUGCGUUUUGGGGGUUUGUUUACGUGUCGACGGCGCUCAGAGCCUCUGAAAAUGGAACCUUUUGGAAAUAGCUUCCAAAGUUUUGAGAACUCUCUGAAAAUGAGACUUUCUGGAAAUGCUGGUCUCCAUGGAGACGGUAGAAACGCUGCUACUGCACAUGCUCAGUGGAGGAUCAGUAACUUCUAUUCUUCAGGUUUAGAGUGUGUUGUUCUCUGCAUCUUGUGUGGUUUCAUUACAACAGAAACAGCACCCACGAGUGGCGCAACGCCACUGGGUUUAUAACUGGGUGUAUCCAGGUGUGUCGCCAUGGUAACAUAAGCUGCAAGUAUAACCUGAUUACCUCCAUUCAUUUAUUGAAUGCCAUGAAGACUAAGAGACUAACCGGUCUGGAGAAGAGAUGGAGGAGGCUGUUCAAGACUCCAGCUCUUCAUUCUAAGAUCAUUUCCUUUAUUUUUUCUAUCAAGCAAAAAAUGUAACAGAAUUAUUUAUUUACCCAGCAGCCACUCCUUCUUGGCCUGCUCUCCUUCUUGGGCCUCCUCAGCCCGACCUGGACUUGCUGUUUCUCUCCCGCCCUGACGAAGGCCAUGCUGGACCUCGAAGGGGGCUGAUAUCUGCUCGGCUGGAUCUGACAGCGAUCCAGCUGAGGUCCAGACGGUGCCUGACACUGCCGUUAGCACCUGGCCGCGGUGCCACGCGUGCCCCCCCUGCCCCGGGGCUUCAGGGCAGCAGCCGAGGAUGCGCUCCUCUCGCCGGGCUCAGCUGGAGUUUCUGCGAGGCCCCAGCGAUGCGAGUUGGUUGGACUGGGGAGUACGAGCCUGGAUCGGAUAGGAUGGGUACCAGAUUUGAACCGAUACGGUACCAAUUCCCAGGUACCGGUACUCAACGGUACCAGUUUUCGGCACUUUAAUGUGGUAAUAAAUGUAAAUUUGUUGCUGGCAGUAGAAAAGUCGCUAACGGACGCUAUGCUAGCUGCUAACGGUGCAGAAUGCAGGAGCUGAAGCUGUUUAAAACGCUGCUCUCCUCAGCCGUGAGAAGGAUCCUGUUCUUAACCAGGAGCUUCCUCAGAUUUGAAGUAUUCCCGCCACAGCGAGCGUGAUCUGCAUCGUGUUUUGAAAAGUGGAGUCUGGAUUUGGAGCUCGGUCUCUUCGCCAUGCGGCUCUGUUUCCUGAACGCUCGGCCGCCGACUCCUUGGGUCCGCUCCCUCACCGUCACCAGGAGGCGUUCAGGUACCGAAACGUGGAACCGUCUCAUUUUACGUGGAUCGAUGCUCGGCAGUACCGACGGAAUCCGGUCAGCACCUACCGGAUUCGGCGCCCAUCCCUCGUCCCAGUGAUCCGAGCGCCUUGUCCACUGUCCCACUGCGGCGCUCCUCUCCCACCUCUGCAUGGGUUUCACUCUGGACCAGCUGGCGUCUCUCUGAGCCUCCUGAUUCCUCCGCUUCCUCCCUGGUCUGACCACAGAGGACACUCUACUGCCAGACGAGCCUCUGAGGCAGCAGCUCCCUGGUCCCGGUGACCUUUAACCCCUCUGUCAGACC